AUAGUCUCUUCGAUCUCGGGCUAUCACACGCGAGAUAGACCGCCACCGAUCGCCACUUAUGAUUCACUGGCCGUGCCCACCGCCCGUGAUCCGUAUAGGCACCGCAUUAUAAUAAUAUAUAUACCUACCAAUAUAUCAUCGCUAUCAUUAUUCCGGACGCCAGCUCGACGGAUAAUAACUUUAUAGUAUAAAAUGAAAUAAUAUACCUACGGCGAUUAAAUCGUGAUAACGCGUCGUAAUAAUAAUAAUAAUAACAUUAUCAUACGUCGAUAAUUAAUAAACGAUAAAGGAAGGAAACCGUUUCGAUAGGUCCGCGUGAUCAGUUCGACGUCAUCUCGCCCACGACGCACUGCUGCAAACGCCGUGCUACCGACCUAGUGCGAUUGUGGUACGUUUCUAGUUUCGUUUUCACCGUUUUUCACCGUUUUUCACCGUUUUUUGAUAUUUAUUUUUUAUUUUCAUUCGUAACGAUUUUGUCAAUUUUUCUUUUAUUCCGUUCGAUUCUCCGUGGCCGAACGCGCAGUGAAAUGCAUCAAUGUCCCGUCGGUUCCCAUACAGCGACGCGAGUGAAAAGUAAAAUUGCACUUCCGCAGAAGCAGUAGCCGCUGCAUCGUUUUGACAUUGUAAAAUCGCAUUCGAGUACCAGAAAAUUGACACCAUGCAUAUCGGUCACCAGAAAAGAUCGGCUAAAGAGGGAAGAAACCACCGAUUUGGAAAUUGUGAUAACAGACCCUGUGGGUUUGAAGCGGCUUGUCGGCCAUUGGACAAGGGUUCGUAUACGUGUAUAUGUCCACAAGACUUGAGUGAGCCCACCGAUGACUUGAAAUGUCUCACGAGAAAGACCGUGCCAGUGGCCCCGAGACCAUUUGUGAACUUGAGCAUCAACAAAAACGGACAAAAAUCGUUAGAAACAGUGGUACAUCCGUUCACGACCACCAGUCAUCCAAUUAAGACCACAUUAAACCAAACGACAUCAUUUCCCCCAGUGAAACAGAACAUGGACGUCAACAUAUUGGGUUUUGUUUUGCGCAUAAACGUGUUCAUACUAUUGGCGAUGGGAAUAGCAGCAUUCGUGUCGGUGGUAUUGAUACUGACCAUAUGGUGGAGUCGUGCGUCCAAAGGCUGUUGCAAGUCAAAGGCAGCCAACAACAUUUCACCUGUGGUGUCCCUGAUAAGAGGAGUGAUCCAGGAAGACAGUUUCACGAUGAACCCGCAAUACGCUGCGCCGUCGCCCGUCGCCAAAGACACUAUUUUGAUACCGUAUCUGAGUAAAAGCUGUAUAUCGUCAAUGGAGGAAAUCGGGCAAGGAUUUUUCGGAAAAGUUUACAAAGGUAUCCUCCAACAAACCGAAGGCAAAUAUGAAACAGUCGCCAUAAAAGUUUUAAAGGAUCACACUAACUUGGAGGCCAAAGAAGACUUUAUGAGGGAAGUAGAGAUAAUGACGUAUUUCAGACAUCCGAAUAUCUUGACAUUGAUCGGAGUUUGUCCCCAAGAUGAUAAUUGUUCACCGUGGAUGAUAUUCGAGUUCAUGGCAUAUGGAGAUUUAACCGAAGUUCUUAGAAACAGCAGUGAUCAGUUUACAAAUUAUUCUGCACAUUUGCCGAGUUUGGAUAAAGAAGCGCUGUUGGUGAUAUCCUUACAAAUAUCGUCGGGCAUGAAGUACUUGGCGACUCAGCGGUUCGUCCACAGAGACUUGGCUUGUAGGAAUUGUCUAGUCGGCAGCAACUUGACUGUGAAAAUCGCUGAUUUUGGAAUGAGCCGGGACAUUUACACAUGUGACUAUUACAAAGUCGGAGGAUCCCGAUUGCUUCCCGUAAGGUGGAUGUCACCAGAGAGCGUCGUAUAUGGGAAAUUUACACUGGAAUCUGACGUGUGGUCAUUCGGUGUCGUGUUGUGGGAAAUUUAUUCGCUGGGAAAACAACCGUAUUACGGUUAUUCGAAUGACGAGGUUUUAAAGUUGAUUCACGAUGGCGUGUUAUUGGACAUACCGAUGAACUGCCCUCCUGUUAUAUGCGUGUUGAUGAACGGAUGUUGGAAAAGUGACCCCAAGGAACGUUUGCGGUUCAUUGACAUAUACGAACGUUUGAAAAAUGUCACCAAACGACCAGAAUUGGAUAGUCCAUUGCCCAGGCCACCAACCUUGCCGGUGAUCGUUGAUCAUCUGAGCUUGAGAAAAAUGCCAUCGGAAGAACUUUUGGACGUCGAUGAUUACCUGCGGCCCGACGAACAGCGUGUCACUGUAGAGUACAUAUUGCCAUAUCCUGCAUCAUAAACUUUUUUAUUGUUCCUUUUGUUAUAAUAUUAUUAUAUUAUUAUUACGCAAGUCGCUUGUACUCGAUACAUUUAAUAUUCGAUUUCUGUUAAUUACGUUUUAGAUAGGUAUACUACAAUAGUUUGAAUAUAUUAUAACAUUUAUCUACAUAAUUAUUUUUGUACAGACAUUUACUGGGAUUUUAAGAGAUGAUCUAGUAUUUUUUUGACAAACUAGAGUUUUACAUCGAUUUUAAUAAACAAAAAGUAAUAUAUUUUAAUAACUUUGAACAUCAUUAGAAGAUGACAUAAUAUUAUGUUGUAUUGUAGUUUUAAGAAAGACGUCAUGUAGUAUAUUUUUAAAUAUUAAUAAUUAUCACAACAAUUAAUAAUGGUAAGUAAUCAGUAGUAGCUAUAUUACCAUUUUUAGUGAACUGUGCAUAAUGGUUUUGUUUACUAUUACUAAAUAAUAAUAUUAAAUUA